AUGGCCACCGUCAAUGGGAGCAUGGCCUCCCCCUCCGCCGAUGCCACGGUCACUCCCCAGCUCUUCGCGCCCACUGGCGCUCUUGCGUCGGUCCUCGAGGGGUUCACUGUGUGGAAGGCGUUGUUGACGCUGUUCGUCGCAGCAGUCGUGUACGACCAGCUCAAGUACAUCUGGCUCAAGGGCUCCAUUGUUGGUCCGUCGAUGAAGAUCCCCUUUAUGGGCCCGUUCCUGGAAUCGGUUAACCCCAGGUUCGACAAGUACAAGGCCAAAUGGGACAGCGGGGAUCUGAGCUGUGUUUCGGUUUUCCACAAGUUUGUCGUGAUUGCGGCCAGCCGUGAUAUGUCCCGCAAGAUUUUCAACUCUCCGACGUUUGUCAAGCCCUGCGUGGUGGAUGCUGCGCACAAGCUGCUCGGAAAGACCAAUUGGGUGUUCUUGGAUGGCAAGGAGCACGUCGACUUCCGCAAGGGUCUCAACGGCCUGUUUACUCGCUCUGCCCUCACCUGCUACCUGCCCCACCAGGAGGAUGUUUACGAUAUCUACUUCGAGCGCUUUGUGAAGAUGACCGAGGAAAGCCAGGGCAAGCCCAUUGCCUUCAUGAACACCUUCCGUGAACUCAUGUGUGCGCUCUCUCUCCGCACUUUUGUCGGCCACUACAUCUCCGACGAGGGCAUCCAGAGAAUCUCCGACGACUACUACAUGAUCACCGAGGCGCUGGAGCUGGUCAACUUCCCCAUCAUCCUGCCCUUCACCAAGACCUGGUACGGAAAGAAGGCCGCUGACAUGGUUCUGGCCGAGUUCACCAAGUGCGCCGCCAAGAGCAAGGCCCGCCUGGCCGCCGGCGGAGAGGUUGAGUGCAUCAUGGACGCCUGGGUCAAGGCCCAACAGGACUCGGCCAAGUACCGCGAGAAGGUCGCCCAGGGUAUCGCGGUGGACCCGUCUGAGAAGCCGGCUCAGGUGCUUCGCGAUUUCACCGACUACGAGAUUGCCCAAACCAUCUUCACCUUCCUGUUCGCCUCUCAGGAUGCCACUAGCGCCGCCACCACCUGGCUGUUCCAGAUCAUGGCUGACCGCCCGGAAAUCUUGGAUAAGGUCCGCGAGGAGAAUUUGCGCGUCCGCAACGGUGACCGCUCCAUGCCGGUCUCGAUGGAUCUGCUGGACAACAUGCCCUACACCCGUGCCGUCGUCAAGGAGACCCUCCGCUACCGUCCCCCGGUCAUCAUGGUUCCCUACAUCGCCAAGAAAGAUUUCCCCAUCUCUGAGAACUACACCGUCGCCAAGGGUUCCAUGGUCAUUCCCUCCGUCUGGCCUGCCACCCACGACCCGGAGGCCUACCCCAACCCGGACUCAUUCGAGCCUGACCGCUGGAUCACCGGCGAUGCCGAGAAGCAGACGAAGAACUGGCUGGUGUUCGGCACUGGGCCCCACUACUGCCUAGGACAGACCUACGCUCAGCUGAACCUGAUGGCCAUGAUCGGCAAGGCCAGUAUGGAGAUGGAUUGGGAGCACACUGCUACCCCCGAAUCGGAAGAUAUCAAGGUUUUUGCCACCAUCUUCCCCCAGGACGACUGCCUGCUCACCUUCCGUCCUCGCCCAUAA